CAAAGCAAAGCCCCCAUUUCCAACCGCGAUUCCUUUCCUAUACAAAAUUGACUAUACAGUAGUACAAUAUAUCACAUCCAACGGCCCGAUCGCCUCGUACCGCAUAUCACAGAAAGCAGUUGGUGAAAUCAUAACAUAAGGCUUCCAAAAGAGAAAGAGAGAGAGAGAGAGAGAGAAACAGGGAGCAGAGAAACGAAGCUAUGGAGAAAGAGAGAGAACAUCUGGUUUACUUGGCUAGACUUGCUGAGCAAGCUGAGCGAUACGAUGAGAUGGUUGAAGCAAUGAAGAAAGUUGCUAAACUGGACGUGGAGUUGACAGUGGAGGAGAGGAAUCUGGUGUCUGUUGGGUAUAAGAAUGUUAUUGGGGCAAGAAGGGCAUCGUGGCGGAUCUUGUCUUCCAUUGAACAGAAGGAGGAGGCCAAAGGGAAUGAACAAAAUGUCAAACGGAUUAAGGAGUACAGGCAGAGGGUUGAAGACGAGCUCGCUAAGAUCUGCAAUGACAUUUUGUCAGUCAUUGAUAAUCAUCUCCUUCCAUCUUCCUCAUCUGGGGAAUCAACUGUUUUUUACUAUAAGAUGAAAGGAGAUUACUAUCGAUAUUUAGCUGAGUUCAAAUCCGCUGAAGACCGUAAAGAAGCUGCUGAUCAGUCACUUAAGGCCUAUGAGGCUGCUACUAGUACCGCUGCUUCUGAUUUGGCCCCAACUCAUCCAAUCAGACUUGGCCUUGCUCUGAACUUCUCUGUUUUUUACUAUGAGAUCUUGAACUCCCCUGAGAGGGCCUGCCACCUUGCCAAGCAAGCUUUUGAUGAAGCUAUUGCUGAACUUGAUAGUCUUAAUGAAGAAUCUUACAAGGACAGUACCCUUAUCAUGCAGCUACUUAGGGAUAAUCUCACAUUAUGGACCUCAGAUCUGCCAGAAGAGGGAGGUGAGCAAUCUAAAGUUGAUGAAUCUCCAGCAGAGAGUUAGUUGGGAUAGGAAAGAGUUAUUCUUUGAACCUUCGUUCGUUGAGGGAGGAAUGGUAGGGUGUGCGCAGGGCUUAUUUGCUUACUAGUAGUAGAACAAGGAUUUGUGACUAUUGGCUUGUACUGUUAUCUGCUACUUUAAACUUUACCUUAUCUGCUACAUUUAUGAUUGUGAUGGACAUUUAUGUCAAUGUGAUCUACCUUGUUUAA